GAGUGGGUAUAUUAGGGAACCGACCCGGGAGAUAGUCACGCUGCGCUCGAACAUCAAUAUUUCUGUCUUGAGAGGAGCUUAUAUGGCCAUGGCUGAAAUCUUGCUGGAGCUGUCAAAGCCUGAGUUCCCCUUCAUUGGAGCUGUUCGACUGGACGAGGCCGGCGAGUGGACGGUGCAGAAACGACCAUUCACUUUUAACAUGAAUCGACUUGCUCAGUUCUCUAAUAUUCCGCACAGUAUAUUUGGGCAACAGCGCUUCGACAAUGCAGCAGAUUAUUUUGAGGAGCUUGUGCGUCACCAUUUCCACCACUUGGAGCUACAGCGCAAUGACGCGGUAACUGAUGAAGCUGACUGCCGGAAGAAGUACAUUGCGCGUUGUCUUUUCCGCAAGCUGUCGCGUGAUAUCUCCAAGGAACACUGCCAGGGUCCUUUCAGGCUGUAUUGUGAUGACCUCCGUCCUGACAAUGUUCUUGUCGAUGCAUCAAGACUGGCUGUUACUGGAGUCGUCGAUUGGGAGUUCACCUAUUCUGCUCCCGUCGAAUACACAUAUGCGGCGCCUUGGUGGCUCUUAUUGGAGAAGCCAGAAGACUGGGAUAUUGAUGUUGAUCAGUUUUUGGUGCGCUUCAUGCCGAGAUUCCACACAUUCCCCGAGGUCCUCAAAGAGUGUGAGGCCAAGAAGAUCCAGGACGACUCAUUAUCUCCAUCUCAACGGCUAUCAGCCGCCAUGGAGAAAUCUCUGGAGACGGGAUUGUUUUGGAUCUGCCUCGCUUCACGCCACAGUUCCAUGUUCGACGAAAUAUACUGGAAAUUUAUCGAUCCGAGGUUCCAUGGCCCAUUCACAACUAUCGAGGAUCGGUUGAUUCUGCUUAGUACGGAAGAGCGGGCGAACAUUGACACUGUCGUGCAGAAGAAGAUGCGGCAGACGGAUGAGGGCACUUUAGAUUCUCAUUACAGCAUUGAUGAGCUGGUUGAGCUAUGGCUCUUGUCCUCUUGUUCGUGAGUCUGAAUCAGAUGGAUGCUCGUGUAGAGCUGGGGCUAUCGAAAAUUGCAGAGUACGACAACAAAGCAUAGAGCCCCGCUUGCUGGCGGUGAAAUGGUGGUUCUUUCAGAUAUAUAAGCACUAAGUAAAU